GACCAGGUCCCACGGUGGCUUCUGCGGGAUGCCUUGGCACAGCUUUGUGGCCAGGAGGAAGAUGCCGUUGAGCGCAGCUCAGCCCAGAAGUCGAAGUUCAACAAGCAGCCGAGUCAGAAGAAGGCAAGUGCCAGCAUCCAGCCAACGGCAGCGCUGCCGAG